CCGCAGGCUUCAUCACAUCGCCCGACCUCAAAUUCUUCGGUGCUCCACUAGAGCCUCGAGGAAAUUUGGAGAUACCGAAAAUGGGAUCGAAAACUCCAUUGACAAGGUGACCAUACGGUGCAUUCAUAUCAUAAAUACCACCUACCGACCUUGCUGGAUGGGAACCCUCCGAGUCGGCUGCAUCUCACGCGCGGAAAAUUGAGACUUGACAAACCCCGGGCUGAAUCAACCCAACAACGACCAUCAUGGCACCUGAGCUAUCCUCGAACUGGAAGAAACUCCAAGAACAGCUAAAGGCAGCGCCUGGGGCAGCCAAGCCUGGGGUGAAAAGGAAGGCCACAGACCCGUCAACAUCAACCAAAGAUUCGCUGCCCAGGAAGAAGCAAAAACCUUUGGCACCACCCAGCACAAAGCGGCCGCCACCACCACCCUCCAAGAAGGCGGCCGCGACACAGACGGCACCGCUCUCCGGCGGCGGCGGCAGCAACGGGAUGGGCGUGUCCCAGAGCUCCCGCGUCACCCACGCCGCGCCCACCAGCGUCACGCCCUCGCUCGCCCUCUGGGCCGAGGACAAUGACAUCUCGGCCGAGGCCGUCGCCGAGGCCUACGGCCUGGGGCUCCGGGGCGACUCGGCGCUCCGGGGCGCCCCGUCCAGGCCCAACGAGGGCCUCGCCCCGGGCUUCGAGGAGGGAGGGGGCGGUCAGCAGGAGGACGGGCAGCAGCAGCGGCUCGGCAAGUACGUCGGCAUCGACUGCGAGAUGGUGGGCGUCGGCGACGGCGGCCACGAGUCGGCGCUGGCGCGCGUCAGCCUGGUUGACUUCCACGGCGCCCAGGUCUACGACUCGCUCGUGCGCCCGCGCCAGCGCGUCACCGACUGGCGCACCCACGUGAGCGGCGUCGGCCCACGCGACAUGGUCGCCGCGAGGCCGUUCGCCGACGUCCAGGCGCAGGUCGCCGCCCUGCUUGCGGGGAGGAUCAUCGUCGGCCACGACGUCAAGCACGACCUCGCCGCCCUGGAGCUGGACCACCCGCACCGGGCCGUCAGGGACACGGCCAAGUUUUCCGGCUUUAAAAAGUACGGCCACGGGCCCAAGCCGGCGCUGCGCGUGCUGUCGCGGGAGAUCCUGGGCCUCGAGAUACAGGACGGGACGCACUCGAGCAUAGAGGAUGCGCGCGUCGCUAUGCUGCUCUUCAGGCGGUACAAGUCACAGUUUGACGUCGAGUGUAUGAACAAAUUUUCGGAGCCCGGCUCGCAGCCUUCAAAAAAGGGCGCGUCUGCAAAGAAGAAGACCAAGAAGAAAAAGAAGAACUGAUCCACAUUGAUGUGCUUGGGCCGGGUGGCUUCGAGGAAUGAAAUAGUAAGUAUUAGAUACCCAGACAGGCGAGAGUUCUCUCCCGAACCAGUUGCCAACAUACAGCAUGGAAAUACGUAUGUAACUUCUCGCUGCCAUGACCAUUUCGUAACUGCCUUUAGUAUUGCCAAAUACCUUUCUUCGUGGGCGCCGAGACUCAGUGCAGGACCUGAUGGGGAACCUAUCCAAUAACUGAUGACCACUAUUACCUCGCGAGGUAUUUCCAAAUCUACCGCAAAGCAGAACACCUCCCGACCGUACUUCUUACAAUGGAAUUCCCUCCAUCAGCUCCAUCGCGCCUUCUCGGCCGACAGUUAUUAUCGCAUCUCCCAAUGUCUUGGUGAGAAACCCGGCCUCACAUCGCGAGGGGCAAAAACAGUCGUCUUCUCUUACCUCCCACUUCCUUCUGAAAACGUCCAUCUCUUGCUCCGUCAUGUCGGCGUGUUCUUUCUUCAGCGCCGGUCUGAUCCUGGCGUCAAAGCUGCCGAGAAAGCUUUCUUUCCAGAGACGGAGGGUCUUGGUGUAGUGUCCGCCGAUGUUCUCAACUCUCUCUACUAUAAGCGUGCCAUGGGACUCCUUGGUGAUAUGAUGGAGAAGCUGUGUGGUCGAGGGAAGGUAGCCUCCAGGGAAAAUGUACUUGUUUAUAAAGCUUGCCAGAUCUCGUCAGUUUCUCGUGUUCCACAUACAGAUCUGAUAUCGAAAAGCUACACAGCAUUAGCUCUG